ACUCCCCAGAUGGAGAGACGUAAAACACUUGAGGAGCCAUGCCUCACGUUGCAGUCCCUCUUUUAAAAAAUAUCAUCAUCAGAAGUCAGUUUGACAGCAUCAGGAGGAAGCAAUGCCUCCAGUAUCUGAAGACCCUGAAGUCACUGCGAUAUGAUGGAUUUCAGACUGUAUACUUUGGGGAAACUAAUAUCUCAGAAAGUCUCGUCACUGGGGAAGAUUUGGGUAGUGACUAUUGCCUGCAAACUCCAACUUGGUGUAUUGUGCAUGCUGGCGGCAGUCAAGGAUGGGUGCCUUGGAAAUACCGGAUGUUCCUGAAAGAUGAGCUGUGUAUCAAGCAAGAAGACAAGCUCUUCUCUGAGUUCUGUGAUAUAGUGAAGAAGGCUUAUGGGAAAUGUGCCAUCGUGGUCAAAGGGAGAAGGCAGCAGAAUGAGAUGAGACCCAAGGAAGACAGAGACGCUGAGGCCCAGUCGUAUGUCCCAGCCGUCAUUAACUUAACAAGCAUCGUGUGUUGCCCCGAGGUGGCCAAACUCUAUGGCCAUGAGCUCCUCUUUCUGCCUUCCCCUUACAAUUACCUGAAUCCUUUAGAUUCUGCUUGGUCCUCCCUGAAAUGGUUUAUCAUCAAUAACAGGAGAGAAUUUUGUUUGCAUUCCAUUGACAAUGUCUAUUCCUACCAGUAUAUAUUUUUCAGUGAUUUAAUUAGCAAAGGGAUUGACAGGAUAAACUUAAGCAAAUGGAAAACAAUAGUUAAAAAAGUACAGAGAUGGGAAAAUUAUUAUCUUGGGAGAUUUUCUUAAGAGCAAGUCCUCCAACAAACAGUGAAACUCUGGAUACGUAUGACCUUUACCAAAAACUUUGUUAAGAUUCCAUCACUGCCACCAAAGACAGUGAUCUCACAGGGAUCCUGUGUGGACUGAGAGGUUCCGAAGGAUGUUGAUAAAGCGCUGAGUUUACUGGAAGUUUCAUUAAAACUUGUUGGUAAAUUA